UACUGUUGAAUAGCAGGCUACGCUCGUCUGACGCAGAUCUCGGCUCUUCGUUUGUUACACAACACGUCUUCAAGGCUAAAUCUGCAACAUGUCGAGAGAGAGUGUCCCACGUGAGCCGGAGCAGCUCCGCAAGCUGUUCAUCGGAGGCUUGAGCUUCGAGACGACAGACGAAAGCCUGCGUGCUCAUUUUGAGCAAUGGGGGACUCUUACAGACUGCGUGGUCAUGAGGGACCCCAACAGCAAGAGAUCGAGGGGUUUUGGCUUUGUAACAUAUUCAUCAGUGCAGGAAGUUGAUGCUGCCAUGUCAGCCCGUCCCCAUAAGGUCGAUGGAAGAGUGGUAGAACCGAAACGAGCUGUUUCCAGGGAGGACUCAAACCGGCCAGGAGCCCACAUAACUGUGAAAAAGAUCUUUGUUGGAGGCAUCAAAGAAGACACAGAGGAGUCACACCUGAGGGAUUAUUUCCAGCAGUUUGGCAAGAUAGAGGUCAUUGAUAUCAUGACUGACCGCAACACUGGGAAGAAGAGGGGCUUUGCCUUUGUUACGUUUGAUGACCACGAUUCAGUUGAUCGGAUUGUCAUCCAGAAAUACCACACUAUCAACUCUCACAACUGUGAGGUGAGGAAGGCCCUCACAAAGCAGGAAAUGCAGAGUGCGGGAAUGGGUAUGGGAAUGAGAGGAGGUCGCAACACUGGCGGCAGGCCCUACGAUUACGACAGGGGCUUCAAUCAAGGUGGCAGGGGGCGAUAUGGAGAUGGUCCUUACAAUUGCAACGGGGGUGAUGGUGGCUAUGGCGGCGGACCUGGUGGUCCUGGUGGCUAUAAUGGAGGUAACCGUGGUUACAAUCAGGGCUACAACCAGGGUGGUGGAUAUGGAGGAAACGGUUAUGACAGCAAUGGUUAUGGCAAUUGUGGUGGUGGAGGCGGCGGUGGCGGAAAUAACUACAACAACAUGGGCCACUACGACCCCCAGGCCUCUAACUUUGGCCCCAUGAAGGGCAACUUUGGCGGUGGUGGUGGCGGCGGCGGCAGGAACUUUGGUGGAUACGGGGGCUCAAACAACAGCGGCUAUGGUGGACGUCCAGGACGAUUUUAAAAUGAGAAAGUGGACUGAGUACUUAGGAGAGGAGAGCAAGGAGAGGAGAGCAAGCGAAGUGACAGGGCAACUGCAGGUUUACCUCCUAAAUCUGCUCAGCCUAUGAGUUGUGGCAGGUUACAGCUGCUGCAAGAAGAGAUGUACAGUAGAUAAAUCAUGGAGGGCCUUCAUUUAAACAUUUUGUGUUAUGUUUUUCUUUUUUCGUCAAUUGUGUUAAUGGAAAGUAAGCAUUCCAAUGAGGUUUUGUGUAGAUCUUUAAGUCUGGUUUUUAUUUGUAACUGCAUCAAAUCAAGCUGAAAUAAACACCUUUCAGUUUUUUUAACAGUCUCGUUAGCCUUUUCAGUGGUUUUGGGAAAGGGAGGGUUUACUAUUAGGUGAAAAUGGGUUGAGCCAUAUACAUCACAAGGUGGCCGGGGAAAGUCAAUAUCAGUGUCUCCUACAUGCUGGCUCAGGUCAGUGCAUAUGCAAUACUGGUUAAAGGGCGGGCAAAGAAAUGGUGCGCAAAUGCCAUCAUCAGAAAGAGCCCAUCACUUUGGUACAAGCUCUGCCCUGAUUUCUGCAAAGAUCACCCGGAGAAUGCUAGCUUACAUGCAAAGUCUAUGAGGCUAGCCAUGGAAGCAAGCUGAGGGAGAGAAGUAGCAAAACCAUCGCCAGGAUCAUUGAAGCAGGGGAGAGUGAGAACAGAGGCCUGAGUCUAGCAGGCAGCAGCUACCAAAAGGCUUAAGUGCUGUUUGUAGGUAAGACCAGACUUCUCAACUACUGAUGGUAUAUCUUGCAUUUUGUCAUGUAGCUGGUAGUGAGAUAUGUAGCCCAGUAAUAAUUUAAUCAAGUUUUAUGACCAUUCUACUAUUUGACUUAAUUUGGCCUCCAAUUGUGCAUUGAGGCCCAAACAUAUUGCAUGCUAUGAAAUGAGCAAAUAUCUUAUAUUUUGGGGGUAUUGUUUUACUGAUAGUAUUUCUGCUUUGUAGGUAGGGUAACGAGACAUGGACCCCAAAACCUGGCUUCAUUUCUGUGACAAUGGUUUUUGCCAGGUUGGCUGAAAAUUCAUGCUGGUGCUCAAAAUAUUUUAAGAAGGCUGCUGUGCAGUUUUUAUUUUUUUAAUUUUUUUUAAUAAAGUGUUUGUAUAAAAACA